AAAUUGGCAAUAGGUAAAAGGGACUUUUACGACGAUAUGAAGUAAAUAAUGGGAUAAAGUAGCUACUAUUUUAGGUGAAGCUGCUUGAGUAUGAUGGCAGUAACCUGCUCGUACCAGCUUGAGAAAGGAACAGCCAUUGCCUAAUACGAUCUCAACCUAAAAGGCCCGAUUAUUGUCCAUCCUCAUGCAUUAUACAGUUGUCUCGGAAUGUAGUGUGCCAGGGCUGUCAUAGCGCCGUGGAUUACAGCACAAUCGAACGACCUCAUUUUAUGCAACAAAGCCCAUCUCAAUGAAUGACUACGCGGGGGGUGGUUUCGCUGUACUGGCCUUGACACGCGCGGCUCUCUCCUCGGUCACCUCUGUCACCGGGUCAGAUUUAUUGUAGCAACGGGCCUUAGUAACGCCCAGGAGUCCCUGGCGACAUGUGCCUUGUUCUCUCUCUGAAGGAAUGCGUACGUAUCGCACGUUUCCUUUUCAUCGGAUUCCCUUGAAAGUCUUUUAUUAGGCAUCAUAAAUACCCUUUGUUCAUUAAACAAGUCAACAUGGGAUGUGGAACCUCGACAUCGACGGCGGUUGUACCAAUAGACUGUGAUGAGUUGACGAAAGAGGAUGAGACGGGGAGGCUUGGGUCUCGCGGGGACUCGGCGGUCUCCAAGGUGACGGCAGACAGCGGGGUGGUGGUGGAGAGCUCACUGGACCCCACGCUGCCUGGAGCGAUGCCCAGGAAAAUCCCUCCUCUGACGGGUGAGGCAGAUACCUGUAGAGAGAGAGGACAGGAAACACGAGCCCCUGGGGAGCGACCCCGCUCCAGUGAGAUCCUGGAGCAGCUGCUGAGCCAGGGCAUCAUCCCAGUAGGACCGCCGCGGGAGGGGGGCUCUGCCACGGGGGGGGCCUACGACAUCACGCUGGAUGAUGGAGAGCUACCCAGGCAGAGACCUCCAGCCAGACUGGUGGCUCUGAAGAUCUCCCCCAGCAGAGACUCCAUCAACCACCAGACGCAGCAGGCCGAGGGGAGACACCAGCCCAAUGAAGAGGACCUCGAGGCUAGACUGAGGACCAAGUCGGCUCGGGUCCGAGCGCCUCCCGCCGUCUUGGCCGACUUCGAUGACCCAAAUCCCCAAGAGGACAAGCCUCUCCAUACAGCCGUCACCACCAUCGGCCCCGACCCCCAGGCCCACACCCAGGUCAGAGAGGCCAGUGAGGGGAGCGUCCGGGGGCCGAGAGAGGGCCCCGGGGAGGGCCGAGAGGAGGGCAGGGAGGAAAAGGACGAGCAGGAUGAGGACGAGGGACGAGACAGCCCAGGGAGGGAUGAGGAGGGGAAGGAGGCCACAGAGGGAGGGAUGUUGAGAGGUUGUGGGGACAGAGAGGUGGGCGAUGGUGGACGAGGAUGAGGGGCUCCGGGUGGGACAACUCCACACAGCAUCGGGGGACUUUGAGAGCGACCCCUCCUUCCAGAAUACAGACGACACGUUUUAACACCCGACAACUGAGUGUGUGUGUGUGUGUGUGUGUGUGUGUGUGUGUGUGGGGUGGGUGUGUGGGUGUGUCUGUGUGUGACUGAGUAAGUGUGUGUGUGUGCUUGGGGAUUAAUUUCAUGCCAUACUACUUUGGGGAAUUCCGAAACCCUCGAGAGGUUAAACGCCAUCUUAAGCAGAGCAAUCACGUAACAAUAAAAUGCUCACACAGUCACUGCUACAAGACCAAAACAAUCAAUCGAUCGAUCAAUCAAUCAAUCAAUCAAUCAAUCAAUCAAUCAAUCAAUCAAUCAAUCAAUCAAUCAAUCAAUCAAUCAAUCAAUCAAUCAAUCAAUCAAUCAAGGCUACCAGUCACUUAAUAAUAGUUCUCACAAAAAGUUGAGUUGGUAACAAUAUUUUUGAUUUCAUAACAAAAAUUGCAGGACGUGUUUACUUUCUCAAAUAGAAUAGAAAAUACCACAAUAUUGGUCACCCAUUUACAGUCCUACGUUGUACCACCAGAGGGUGCUCAACACACCAGUGGGGGCACUUAUGGCCAACUUUAUGUAUCACAAAUGGAUGGGCGUACAGCAUUUUUCCUGGCAUGCCAGUCUCUGAGGGGUGAGUAAUUAAUUGGUGAAUUACUAUUUUUCUGAACAUUGGUUCAACAAGAAACACGCAAUUUGUAAUCACAACUUUGGAGGAGCAGUAGAACCAAAUCAGUUGUACUGUCUUUGUGUAUUUUAACCUUUAGAUGGCGGCAAUCUCCCAAAAGUAGUCUACGGCGUAGUUCCUCUUAAAGCGAGCCAUUACAGUGGAGAGUUACUACGGCCAAUUAGAAUAAACCUGUUAACCUGUCAAACAAUACGACUCCAGCAUAAACGUAGCUAAUGGGGAUAUUGGGAACCUUUUUUAUGUUUUAAGUGAAAGUCGGGCAGGUUUAUCAUAUAUUACCUCACUAUACUACCAAUAAAUUACCAAAAAUUAAUGUUCUAUUCUAUUAAAUUAUUCUAUUAUAUUAUAGCCUAGUUAUAAGAAAAACAUAAUUAAUUUGUUUGUGUUUGUUUUUGUUUUCCGAGGGGGCGCAGUUCUCUUAUUGGACACAAGAUGGUGCGGUUUCAAUUGAAGGGUUAUCGAUGCUUUACUUGUUGUAUUACGCCUCUAUUGAAAGCUGUUCAAUAUAUGUUUUUAUUUAGCUGGGACUAGAAGACAAAUUGUACAGUUUAUUCUUUAUCAAUAAAGCUCCUUUGUUUCUUCA